AUGCUUGGCAAGGUCAGUCCCAGCAGCAGUUAGUGAGUAAAACAGGAGUGGAAAUAACACAAAGCAAUUGAGAAGAGGAGGCUACAAUAAUAAAUGACUUCGCUGAGUUUCUGAAUCUCUUAAGAUGUUCUUCUUGGGCUAUACUACUCUGAUUUUAUCUUGGAUGUAUUGUACUGCAGAAAGAGCUUGUGAAGAACCUCCUCCUAGAAGGGUUAAAGAAGUGCCUACUGAAAGAUGGGACAAACCUCCCUAUCCACAUGGUACCAAAGUAACAUACAGAUGUCGGCCUGGAUAUAUAAAACUUGGAAGAAUUGUGUUUGAGUGUGCUGAUGGAGCAUGGAAGCAAAACCUCCCAGCAGCAGAAUGCAAAAAUAAGCCCUGUGGACAUCCUGGCGAUACUGAGUUUGGUUACUUUGAGCUUACCAGUGGAACUGAAUUUGUAUUUGGUGCCAGGGUUGAGUACAGAUGUAAUGAUGGAUACCAGAUGCUCAGCCAAAGAAAUUACCGUGAGUGUCAGGCAAAUGGAUGGAGCAAUGACAUCCCUCACUGUGAAGUGGCAAAGUGCUUACCUGUACAAGCACCAGAAAAUGGAAGAAUGGUUAUGAGUGGUGCAUUUGAGCUAGACCGAGAAUAUUCCUUUGGCCAGGUUGUAAAUUUUGAAUGUAAUGCAAAAUACAGACUUGUUGGAUCUAAAGAAUUAAUUUGCUCUUCUAAUGGGAAAUGGAAUAGUGAUGUGCCUGAGUGCCAAGAGAUUAUCUGUGAGGUGCCAAAAAUUCUGCAUGGGUAUGUACGUUCUCCAAAGAGUUCUUACAAGGAAUCUGAUCAACUGCUGUUUGCCUGUGACGAAGGAUACAGAUAUGGUGAAAGAGCAGAUGCGCGAUGUACUGAAUCAGGAUGGAAUCCCCCCCCCCAUUGCACUGAAACUGUAUGCUAUCCUCCAAGAAUUCCCCAUGGGGGCUUUGGACCUCGACAAGAUACCUACGGAGUAGGUAAUAUCAUCACAAUAGAGUGUGAUCCUGGAUUUCAUUUUAAAGCAUUGACUGGCAGAAGCACAGCUCAAUGCACCAAGAACGGAUGGGUGCCUGAUCCACGUUGUGUCCAGAAACCAUGUGACUACCCAGCUAUAGAAAAUGGCAGGUUAAGUGAUGCAUACGAGUACUACAGAGGCUAUUACUUUCCAAUGACGGUUGGGCAGCAUUCCAUUUACUACUGCAAUCGUGGUUAUUCAAGCCCGAAUGGACGUGGCUGGAUUCAAAUAGUCUGUUCUGAAAGGGGCUGGUCUCCAGAGCCUAAGUGCCUCAAAGAAUGUCGGGUUGGACAUCUGGAAAAUGGUUAUUUCUUAAAUGGCCAGAAGGAUGUUUACAAGGAAGGUGAAAGAGUUAAGUAUAUCUGCAAAGAUGACUACUAUACUGAACAUGAAGAUGGGGAAGUCACAUGCACAAAGGAUGACUGGUCACCUCCUCCGAGAUGUAUCCGUAAAAAAGGAUGCCGGAGCGUGCAUUUUGACAACGGUUACUUCACUGAGAGGAGAACAUUUCGUUUACAAGAGGAGGUCUUCUAUCAUUGUUAUGGUGGCUUUGUGACUCCAGAAGGAAAAGAAACAGGAGUGACGCAGUGUCAAGAGAAUGGCUGGGCUCCACCUCCAGAGUGUAUCAAAUCAUGUAAAACAUAUUCCGACACUUUCAGUUGGCACACAAAUAAAACUGUGUUCAUGCCUGAAGAUACAGUCGAGUAUGCGUGUGCGGAAGGAUAUAAAACUGCAAAUAAUACGCCAAUCGGUACCACGACAUGUGGCAUAAAUGGUGAAUGGAGUCCAACACCCCAGUGUCUUGCAAUAGAAUGUGAAAUGCUGACAUUGCCCAAUGGAGAGUUUUCUCCCAAGAGGGGUAGAUACAGGAAUGGACAUGUUGUGAAAUUUACCUGUGCAAAGAAUUAUGUGAGAGUGGGACCUGCUUCUACUCAGUGCUAUUAUUUUGGAUGGUCUCCAUCACCACCAGUGUGUAAAGUAAAUGCCACAGGCUGUGGGCCUCCACCUGAGAUUACCAAUGGACAUAUUGUUGGUGGCUCCGUGGAACACUAUCAGCAUGGGAAAAGAAAGCAAUAUACGUGCAACAUGGAAUUUAAAUUGGUUGGAUCAAAGGAAAUUGAAUGUGUUGAUGGACAAUGGACAUCUGCUCCCUCUUGCAUUGAAGACAAAAUGCCAUGUGGAUCCCCUUCCUCUAUUCCAAAUGUUGUUCUUCAUCAGGAAGACCGCACCCAGUUUUCUCAUGGUGAUGAAGUAAUUUGUGGAUGCACACGAGGCUCUGGCAAUUAUGAGGAAAAGAAAAUAAGAUGUUUCAAUGGGGAAUGGAAGCCAUUACCUCUUUGUGCUGAUCCAUCUCCUCGGUGUGUACUUCCAAUGGAUGUUGAGCUUGUGAACACAGAUCGUCCUUCCAGGCCAAGAAGUACAACUAGGUUGCAUGGAGUUAUCCAGUAUAGAUGUAAAUCAGCUGACAGAACUGUUAAACAGGCAGCUUGUGUGUCUGGAAAAUGGUCACCAGAGAUUGAAUGUACAGCUGAGCAGAGCAGAUGCCCACCUCCACCUCAGUUGCCUGGUGCUCAACAGAUAACAGCUGGAAGGAAUUACAAGCAUGGGAGUAAAAUAGCUAUUUCAUGUCAGAAGGAUUUUCAGCUCAUCGGUGUGAAUGAAAUAACAUGUAUAGAUGGAAAAUGGCAAUCACCACCUCAAUGUGUAGAAAGACCAUGUUUGCCGCCACAACCCAUAGAAUGUGCUGAUGUUCCCAGGCUGGAAAAUCCAAACUUUAAAAUGAAAAGAGAAGGGAAAACAAUUUAUCUGGCUGGUGCUAGACUUAAGUAUGUUUCUCAUUCUGGAUACACGUUAGAUGGACCAUCAGAAAUAACUUGUUCUGUGGGAAAAUGGACUGCAUCUCCUACAUGCUUGGAAAUGCCUUGUGGAGAAAUUCCAAAUGUUGCCAAUGCUCAAAUUGAAGGCAGAAACAAGAAAAUGUAUGAGCCUGGUGAAACAAUUCGCUAUCAGUGUAAUAACGGGUUCCUGAUCAUUGGACCCCCUGAAAUUAUUUGCAGGGAAGGAAACUGGACAGCACCACCUUUCUGUGAAGAUGCUACCUGUGGAAUUGCACCUGAAAUCCCUAAUGCUUAUAUUACAAGUGUUCAACAGCAGAGGUAUCUACCUGGUGCCAGAGUGCAGUAUGAAUGUGAAAGCAAUUAUCAAAUGAUAGGCGGACAUUAUGUCACUUGUACAAAUGGAGAAUGGUCACAAGCACCAACCUGCAGAGAUUUGACAUGUGAACCUCCUCCAGAAAUUGCUGGUGGUAAGGUUCAAGGUGUUAAAAAGUCAAGGUAUUUGCCUGGAGAGAGUGCUCGCUAUCAGUGCUGGCAAGGUUUUCAGAUGACAGGGGAUUCCACUGUAGUGUGUCGGAAUGGGACCUGGACAGAGCUGCCAAAGUGCAAAGGGAAAGGUGGGAAAUGUGGCCCAGCUCCAGUUAUUGAAAAUGGAGACAUUCUUUCCUUCCCUGAGCAGGAGUAUCCACAAGGUACAACUCUGCAAUACAAAUGCCCAAGUCUCUACAUCCUGGAAGGAUAUCAGUAUAUCACCUGUACUAAUGGGCAGUGGACAGACCCUCCAGUUUGCCUAGUGGCCUGCACAGCAACUGAAGAAGACAUGGGUAGAAAUAAUAUUGAGCUGAAAUGGCGCAGAACAAAAAAGCUGUAUUCCACAUCAGGUGACAUUAUUGAAUUUCGGUGCAAAAGAGGGUAUUUGGAGGACCCAGCCUCUCCCUCAUUCAGAGCACGUUGUAAGGAAGGAAUUAUAGAAUAUCCACUGUGCAAACCAGGCAAGACCUGUACAGUGAAUGAGACUUCUAUGGAAACAAAUAAUAUUCAAUUACGGUCACCAGGCUGGUCAUACAGUUACACCUAUCACACUGGAGAUUAUAUUUUAUUUGAAUGCAAAACGUCUCACAGUCAAGUUUCAGAAACUGAGAAAUUUACAGCAAAGUGCUGUGAUGGAGUGAUUGAGUAUCCAACAUGUAAAUAAAUCUGCAGCCUAGUUUGGAUAAAUGAAAAUGGCAUGAAGGAGCCCAGAUGUGGAAAUGAAAGAUCCCUCAACAAACCCAUUGAUCUCAGCUCAGUUUUUCCUGGCAUUUCCUAGUUUGUUGUGCUUUGUUUGCAGCUUAGCCAAUGUUCUGUCUUGGAAUUUGUUACUGUUCUUCUUUUUGGUUUUGGAUCCAUAUUUACAUUUUAUCAAUUUUUGCAACUGCAUUUACAUUUUGUAAAUGUGUUUACAUUUUAUCCAUCCAAGGGGCUGUGCUUACAUUUUUAUGCAUUCUAUAUUGAUCUCACUGUUAUUUUUCAUUAGCAAUUGUGUCCUGAAAUAGAAUUAAAGCCCACAGGUAGUUUGGUCAUCAUCAAGUAGAGUGUGUUCAGCAUUGUCUGUUCUUAGCUUCUUCUCCAUGCACUUGCCUGGAAACUACCCUGGGGUCACGGUGGUGGUGAUUGUCCUGACAGCCUGAUCAGGGUGAGCAAGUGAGGGGAGUCUUCUGUAAGUGACUCUGGUAAGUCUCUACAUCACAGACCCAGUUCUUAUGGGGGAAUUGAGCCUCCCUGACAAUUGAUGGUAGGGCAAGAUGUUUGGAUGCAAAUAACUGGGAUUUCUGGCUGGAGGUGGGAGGUACUUUUUAGUCCAGAUCCUGGAAUGGGAGCUGCCACUUAUCUAAGAUUUUUUGAAAACCCAUGUGGACAACCCACCUUGUACUGUGCAGCAAGGUGUAAUAAUUUUGCAUUGGCUGUUGGUGCCUUCAUCUCAGAGGGCUUUUUUCUUUAACCUCAUUUAAUUUCACCAAGGUCGUGAAAAUCAACUAAACCAGCAUACUAUGUGUGUAUAGUGAAAGGAGCCUAUCUUAAUAUUCAGGUGAGGUAUUAAUAGGGGUUGAUUUCUUUCUAAGGAAAUGAAGGAAGAAAUAAUUCUUGUGUUGUUUCUUUUGCUGGAUGAUAAGGAAGGUUUCAGAACAGCGAGAUCUUUGCUUUGACAUCUCCAUAACCAGACAUAUUCUUCUUAGAAUAAAAUGUGAAGAGAACAAAGGUGAGCUGACUCCCUGAGCAGAGGUCAGGUCUUUUUUUGCAGGGACCUGCAGCUCAAGACAAGAUAAAUCAAUGCUGAAGUUCUUCUAUAACAGUGGGCUCCAAAGUGAGGUGCUUGCACCCCAAAGGGUUUGUAAGACGAUCCAUGGGGAUGCAGGAAGAAAAUACUAGAAUUGCUGGUUUAUAUAUAUCGUUUUGUAAAAAAAAUAAAAUAGUGUGUUACUGAUAUUUAAUCCUCAGAUGUGACAGUGAUGAGUUCUCAAACUAACCCUCACAUAAUGGACAAGUAGCUUAAAAAGAUUCUUUGCAAAGAAACUGCAGACAAACACGCAAGCAAAUGACAAGAAAAUGGCAGAGCUGACAAUUGUGCUCCUAGUAUGACCUCUUUAUCAGCCACCCUGAGAUACAAACAACGUCUCUCUAAUUGCAAUUGAAAAGAAGUGUAUAAACAAAAAUUAGAAAUGGUGAAGACUAUUUGAAAUACAAAUUUAAAUCUGCUAUUGUUAAUGAUGAACUUUGCCCUUAAUACAUUGUGCCUUAAGAUAUUAGAUAAUGCUAGCAAGACAUUUAAAAAAUAAGUAUCCAGAACAUGAAUACAAACCUCUACAAUUGUUUUAGUGAUGCUUUAAGUCACUCAAACCAGUACUUCAACAAAUUUCAUUAUUGACAGUCACUAUUUGGGUAUACAGUUGGGAUGACCUGAGUGAUGGUGAUUUUCUUGAGAAUGUACUUCCACCAUCUGGGAAAUGGGUAUUGCCACCUUCUUCUGAUAAUGGAAAUACCACUAUCUUCCCUUUGAAAGAAUAUACAGUGGAAUUUGGAUAUCAGUAUUUCUGUGAAAUUAAGGAGAAUAAUAUUGUCAGAUAGAAUGCUGGUCUACCAAAGAGACCUAUUAGGUUGUUGAGGAUGUGUAUUCUAUAAAACAAGAUACAAAAAAGAAAUACAAAUAAAAUAGAACUAGAAAGAUACAAAAAAGUUACUUCUAUUUUUAAGACCAAAUGCCUUUUAAUUGCAAGCCCCAACAAACCACCAUGGAAAAAGGUAUCUAAUUUUAUGUGAAAAGCAGCUCUGUCCCAUGAUCUCUGUUUUUACUGAGCAAGCAUGCCAAGAGAGAACGAGCUUCACAAACUGUUCAUUGCUUCACAUGAAUAACAUGGUGUUUUUUUUCCUUAUUGAAAAUAAUUAAUGUGUUAAUAAAACCAUACUGUAUUUUAAUAAAGUCAUUAAUAUUUCAUUGCA